UUAAAAACUGUAGUGUUUAGAAUACGGUCGGGUUGCGUUGCGCAGAUGAUAUAAUAUCCGCAUAUACUCGCAGAAUAUAUACAGUUUCAUUUCUGCUUCAUUUAUCAUUUAUCAAAUAUUAAUCCAGUAGAGUUUGUAUAUUAUACGGUGAUUAGUAUUAAUACAUAUAUAAUAAAUUGGUGUAGUUGUACUAUACUCCACGAUGUUUUGUGAAGUUUAAUGUGUGUAUCAAAUACGCUUUGUUUUUGUAGAUGUUGUGAUACUCUUGUUUUUGGAUAUUAUAUUGACUGUCUUAAUUCUUAUUAUUUUAGUCGAUUAAGUCAUAAUUAAAAUUUCAAAAGAGUUUUUUGUUAAUCCAAAAUGAAAAUUGUACUAGUUGUUAAUUAUUAGGUUUUCGGACUAUUUGUGAAUUUUAUUUACCAUGACUCAAUUUCUACCACCUAACUUACUUGCGCUUUUUGCGCCGAGAGAUCCUAUUCCUUACUUACCACCUGUAGUCAAAUUGCCAUAUGAGAAAAAAACUAGAGGCUAUCUAGGUGUUGGGAGUUUCAUAGACUUAUUUGAAGAACCGGAAGAAACUCCUCCUCCUACAAAAAUUGAAACUAGAGAAGAACGUUUGGAAAGACGACGAAGAGAAAAAGCCGAGCAAGUUGCUUACAAGUUAGAACAAGAAAUUGCAUUAUGGGAACCUCAUUCUGUUCCAAACGCUACUACUGAUCCAUUUAAAACAUUGUUUGUUGCCAGAAUUAACUAUGAUACAUCAGAAUCAAAGUUACGUAGAGAAUUUGAACUUUAUGGCCCUAUAAAAAAGAUCGUGGUCAUACAUAACAAGAUUGAUGGUAAACCAAGGGGGUAUGCUUUCAUUGAGUAUGAAUAUGAGCGUGAUAUGCAUUCUGCAUAUAAACAUGCUGAUGGAAAAAAAAUUGAUGGACGCCGUGUAUUGGUUGAUGUUGAAAGAGCCCGCACAGUCAAAGGAUGGCUUCCUAGGAGAUUAGGAGGUGGAUUAGGAGGCACAAGACGAGGUGGACCAGAGGUUAAUCUUAAGCACUCAGGAAGAGAAGAUAAUGAACGUGAAAGAGAGAGAUAUGCUCGUGAAAUGGCUAGUGGUCGCUCAGGACGUAGUGUAACUAUGGAAAGAGAUCGAGAACGUGAUUAUCGUGAUAGGGAUAGAGAUCGUGAACGUGAUAGAAGACCUCGUAGUAGAGAUCGAGAAAGAAAACGACAUCAUACAAAAUCACGCUCAAGAGAACGUAAAAGACGUCGUAGUAGAGAUCGUGUUAGAGAUGUUGAUUAUGAUGAAGUUGAAGAAGUUCCAGUGUCUAAAUCAAGAGAUAAAGAUCGUGAUCGUGAAAGAAAAAGAAAACGCAGCCGUUCAAGAGAUCGUGAACGUAAAAAAGAUCGUAAGGAUAGAGAACAUCAUCGUCGAGAAAAAAGCAAAGAUAGACGUGACAAACACAAAGAUGAUUCAGAACGCGAGGAAAAAGUUCAUAUCAAACAAGAACCUGUUGAUGAAUAUGAUAAUUAUGAAAAUUAUAAUGAUUAUGACGGCUACAAUAGUGCAAAUGAAGAAUAUGAUCCAGAUAUGGUUAAAAAAGAAGAACCUGAUGAAGAGCCAGCUAAUGGGUCACGAUACAAUUCUUCAUCAUUCUAUAACACUAAACCUGAAAGAGGUGAAGAAAACUACAGUGAAAAUGGUCAAACUGAAAAUUAUGAUGAAUGAUAUAUUUAAAAUUUUUGGUACUGAUUAUUUAAACUGAUUUCACAUUUUUUAAUUUUUAAGAUAAUGUGAUGAUUUAGUCACUCAAUAAUGUAAUUCAAAUAUAAAAAAUUCAUUUUUCUUAUAUAAUUAUAAUAGUAAAUGACAUUGAUUUUAAGUUA